AAGGCGGAAUCCUCUAACUUUUUUUGAAAUCGAAACAAAAUCCGGACGGUUCGGAAUCGCCCGCACCUGAGCCGUUCAGCCCCCCUCCCCACCCCCUACGCCGGUAUCGCUGACGGAUAAAAGUGGUUCGCCCGGUGACCGUCAGUUCUUCUCUUUAGUGUUUGCCAAUGUUGGAGGUGUAACUGGGCUCUGUCCCUGGGAAAAAGGUACAGAGGAUGGCACAAGUGAAGGUGCAGACGGCGGCCGGCCUGCCCGGGCCUGGCAUGUCCCCCAUCGUGCCACCUGCCGCGGUGCCCAGCCCAGGCCCUGUCAGUCUGCAGCCCUCUGUCAACGGAGCAGUUCCAGCCCCUGUGCCCAGCUGCCCCAGUCCCGCCACCGGCCUGUUGGAUUCUGCUGCCCCUGCGAGCCCACCAGCAUCCUCCCAGGAAAACAUGGCAAACCCCAAAGAGAAAACCCCCAUGUGUCUGGUCAAUGAGUUAGCCCGUUUCAACAGGAUCCAGCCGCAGUACAAGCUGCUGAGCGAGCGGGGGCCGGCCCAUGCCAAGAUCUUCACCGUGCAGCUGGCUCUUGGAGAGCAGACCUGGGAGGCCGAGGGAACCAGCAUCAAAAAGGCACAACACUCGACCGCCUCCAAGGCCCUGACCGAGAGCCCCCUCCCCCGGCCUUCGCCCCGGCCCCCCAAGAUGGACGCCAACAGCAACCCAGGCAGUAUAACCCCUACAGUAGAGUUAAAUGGACUAGCGAUGAAGAGAGGAGAGCCUGCCAUCUACAGACCCCUGGACCCUAAACCUAUACCGAAUUACAGAGCCAACUACAACUUCAGAGGAAUGUUCAAUCAGAGGUACCAUUACCCAGUGCCUAAGAUAUUUUAUGUCCAGCUGAUGGUGGGGAACAGUGAGUUUAUAGGAGAAGGCCGGACCCGACAAGCAGCCAGACACAAUGCUGCAAUGAAAGCCCUUCAGGUCCUCCGUAAUGAGCCUAUUCCUGAAAAACCUCCACAGAGUCCAGAGGAGAAGGACGAGGCCGAGCAGACCAGCGAUGCCAGCAAGUCUGAAAUCAGCCUGGUGUACGAGAUUGCGCUGAAGAGGAACCUGCUCGUCAGUUUUGAGGUGAGCACCAUCUUUGGGAGCAGAAGAACUGACGUCAAAGUGGGCAGUGAGAUAGCCACGGGAACAGGUCCCAAUAAAAAGGUGUCCAAGAGGAAUGCUGCCGAAGCCAUGCUGCUCCAGCUAGGAUACAAGGCCUCCACCCCAGCACAGAGUCAGCCAGAGAAGACCAUGGAAAACAAAAGUUGGAAUGGACAAAAGACAGCUUUUCCCGAAGCGACAAGCAACACUCAGAAGGGAAUUCUCCACCUCUCCCCUGACGUUUACCAGGAGAUGGAAGCGAGCAGGAACAAGGUUGGUCCCGGUGCUGUGGCGAACUAUCUGACUCCCAAAGACAUGGGCCAGGGCUCCAGUUCGUUCUUCACCGGCAGCACCAGCAACACCGUGGCCAUUGCCAGGGAGCUUUUGCUCAAUGGAGCUUCCCCCACAGCAGAAGCCAUCGGCCUGAAAGGAAAAGCACCUGCUUCGCCCUGCGCCUCUGUGCAGCCUUCCCAGCAGCUGGAGUACUUGGCUAGGAUUCAAGGCUUUCAGGUGCAGUAUAAUGAUGGGCCAAAUGGCAAAGAGUGCAUGACCUACCUAACUCUUUCACCUGUGCAGAUGACUUUCCAUGGCAGUGGGAGCUCCAUUGAAGCUAGCCAUGACCAGGCCGCUCUAAGUGCCUUGAAACAGCUGUCAGAACAGGGACUGGAUCCUGUGGAAGGAGGGAUUACAAUGGAGAAGGGAUCUCGGGAAAAACAAGCGAAACAUCUGGGCGAGAAGGCAGACGAGAAACAGACUAACUCAGGCACCAGCACUCAGGACUGCAAGGAUUCAAGCGCUGUCGUCUAGGGAGCCUCUCCGCGCCCACGACAGCCACUGCAUCCUUAUAAACCUGUCAACACGCAAUAGGGUGGAUGUGUAUGAGGACAUGAAUGACUAAAAACCAUUAUAUGAGUCUAUGUGAAGACAACACUAUCCUAACACAUUAAAUUUAAUUAAAAAUAGUAAUACUUAGAGAAAAAGAAAUGGAUGAAUUAAUGCAUGGUAUUCUUCGGUCAAGGGAAGUUGAACAAGAAAAAUAUGUGGAAGUUUCCCCCUUUUAAGGCUUUCUAGAAGUGUUAAAGUUCAGUGCCCAGUGGCAUUGGGGGAAUAAAAGUUAUGCUGCUGAAAGAAACGAAAAAUCAAUAGAAGCGAAGAACAAAAUAGCGUAGCUCGAUUUCAGCUUAUUUUCUUUCCUUUUUUAUUACGUUAUGAAUAACAAUGCUUGAGUAUUUUAAAAGUUAACCAAUGACAGUGCUGUGAAAGUUGUAGUUGUUGUCUUCAUAUAUAGUCACCCAGCUUGUCUUUUAUGCUGACAUUAAGCAUUCAUAAUUCUAUAUGGAUAUGUAUGACUUGCAAUUACAAAUACCGUAUGCAGAAAUGUGAAAGAAAGUAAAGAAAACGUAAAAACCUUGACAAAAAAUAAUAAAAAUGCGUAUUAAACACAUGAACUGAUGUUAGCAGUAAUGGUUAGAGGUAGUAACUCCAGGAGCAGCAGUUCUGGCUAUUGGGAUGUAUGAACUUGUACUCUCUGACAAGGUUGCUUGGCCUCUGGUUAACUCAUUCUCCCCUUCUCCUCCCUGUUGUGUGAAACACAUCUACACCCAUUUUGUGUGUUGUAUUGACCCACCAUUUGCAUCAACUGAGUGUUUUUAAUAACUGCAUUCUGACUUGGACAAGCACCGUAGGCCUAGAAGCAGAACUGUAAAAAAAAAAAGAUUUAGAAUUACAACAGAAUCUUGAUUUGAUUUAAAAAUCCGGAAAAGAGAGUUUUUACCUGUUGUGUGAUUUUUAUCCAAUAUCAAGAUGAAGGAUAUCUGCUGUUUCUGGGUAUGCUGUGUAAACACUGUCUCUUCCUGAAUGGCCAAAUGCAGUAAAACCACAUCAGUUCAUGUUAAAAA